CCUCGCACGAACGCCCCAUCUACGACCGCCCAUCCCACGAUCGUCCACCCCAGGACCGUUGGAACCCCCGUCUUUGCGUGAGCUCCGGAAAUCAGCUCUACAUGUUGGACCAGGAAGAGGUACACCCUUUGCUGAUGCGCGAGAGGCGCUCAGAGUCUCACAGGAACAAGCUGCUGCGGCGGACAGUCAGCGUUCCUGUCGAGGGAAGGCACCAUCCCGAGAUGGAUCAUCGUGCCCGGCGGAAGAGCAUAGCCACCGGGAAGCAGCCCAGCAUGGAGGUCCCUCCCACUGCCCCCCUUCAACCCUUCCGACAAUCCAGUUUCCUCAGUAGAAGGUUGAAGGGCUCAAUCAAGAGGGCCAAGAGUCAGCCCAAACUGGACCGAACUAGCAGUUUCCGCCACAUGAUCCUCCCCCGCUUCCGCAGUGCCGACCAAGACAGGACCCGUUUGAUGCAGAGCUUCAAAGAGUCCCACUCCCAUGAGUCCUUGCUUUCUCCCAGCAGCGCUGCCGAGGCGCUGGACCUCACUCUGGAUGAGGACGCUAUCAUCAAACCUGUGCACUCGAGCAUCCUGGGACAGGAGUAUUGCUUUGAGGUGACUACGGCAUCGGGAACCAAGUGCUUUGCGUGUCGCUCAGCUGCAGAGAGAGACAAAUGGAUCGAGAACCUGCAGAGAGCUGUCAAGCCCAACAAGGACAACAGCCGGAGGGUGGACAAUGUGCUCAAACUGUGGAUCAUCGAGGCCCGCGAGCUUCCAGCGAAGAAACGAUACUACUGCGAAUUAUGUCUGGACGACAUGCUGUACGCACGCACCACCAGCAAGCCCCGCACCGACACCGUCUUCUGGGGCGAGCACUUUGAAUUCAACAACCUGCCAGCUGUCCGCAACCUGCGCCUUCAUCUGUACAAGGAGACGGACAAAAAGAGACGCAAGGAAAAGAGCACAUACUUAGGACUUGUAAGCAUCCCCAUCUCAAGCAUCACUGGACGUCAGUUUGUGGAGCAGUGGUACCCCGUCAUCCAGCCCAGCGUCCUCACCAAGGGAGCUGGGGUCGGAGGAGGGAAGAUCAUCAAUGCAUCUCUACGCCUCAAAUCCCGCUUCCAGACCAUGAACAUCCUGCCCAUGGAGCUGUAUAAGGAGUUUGCAGAGUAUGUCACCAAUAACUACCGCACCCUGUGUGCUGUGCUGGAGCCCGUGCUGAGUGUCAAGAGCAAAGAGGAAGUGGCCUGUGCUCUGGUGCAUAUACUUCAGAGCACAGGGAAAGCUAAGGAUUUUCUAUCUGACAUGGCAAUGUGUGAAGUAGACAGAUUCAUUGACCGAGAACACCUUAUCUUCAGAGAGAACACUCUGGCCACCAAAGCCAUAGAAGAGUACCUCAAACUGAUUGGACAUAAGUACCUCAAGGAUGCUAUAGGGGAGUUCAUAAGGGCCUUGUAUGAGUCCGAAGAAAAUUGUGAAGUCGACCCCAUGAGAAUACCACCCUCUGUGCUGCCAGACCACCAAGCCAAUCUUCGAAUGUGCUGUGAACUGGCACUCUGCAAGAUUGUUAAUUCGCAUUGUGUGUUCCCUCGAGAGCUGAAGGAAGUCUUCGCCUCCUGGAGAGUUCGCUGUGCUGAGAGGGGUCGGGAAGACAUCGCCGACCGCCUCAUCAGCGGUUCUCUUUUCCUGCGCUUCCUGUGUCCUGCCAUCAUGUCCCCAUCGCUUUUCAACCUCACCCAGGAGUAUCCGGAUGAGCAGACGUCACGCACGCUCACCCUCAUCGCUAAAGUAGUGCAAAACCUGGCUAACUUCUCCAAGUUUGGAAGUAAAGAGGAGUACAUGUGUUUCAUGAACGAGUUUUUAGAAAUGGAGUGGGGCUCCAUGCAGCAGUUCCUCUACGAGAUCUCCAACCUGGACAGCGUCAGCAACGCGGGUGCUUUUGAGGGAUACAUCGACCUGGGCAGGGAGCUGUCUAUACUGCACAGUCUCCUCUGGGAGGUCAUGGCUCAGCUCAGCAAGGAUGCCAUCAUCAAACUGGGCCCCUUGCCACGUCUCCUGAAUGACAUCAGUAUGGCCUUGCGUAACCCGCACCUGCAGAGGCAGCCCAGCCAUCAGACGGACAGGGAGCCCGGGAGGCAGACGGACCGGCUGCUGUCACGGCCCAGCUUCAGCAGGGGCAUCUCCUCUGAGUUCCAAAAUCUGAUGAUGAGGGAUCUUAAUAGCUCUAUAGAUAUCACCCGUUUGCCUUCCCCUACAUCCACCGGAGGGGUUAUGCCAUCCCGUUCCCAGAUGAGUUUUCAGGACCGGGACCACCCUCAUCGAGCAUCCUCCAAAGACAUGUUUUACGUAUCACGCCCUCCCCUGGCCCGAUCCAGCCCAGCGUACUGCACGAGCAGCUCGGACAUCACAGAACCAGAUCCUAAGCGGUAUUUCCUGGGAAAUACUUUGAUGUAUUCCGAUACCCAGGCAGGCCUCGCGGUGCUCAGUGUCAAUAAAAGCGUAUCUAUGAUGGACCUCCAGGAUUCCCGAAUGAACAGCGUGUCUAACCUGCAGUCGGUGGACAUGCUCAACUCCUCCCAGGCCUCCAUCGCCGGCAUGGGCAGCUUCGGCGGGCUGAGCAGCGGAGGCGGUGGCGGCCUGGGGUCGGGCCUGAGCAGCCAGCUGCGGGCCGGUGGGAGGUUGUCAGCUGGCUCUGGCGGCUCCAGCAUGUCCGGCGGCCUUCGGCUGAGCCAGCUGAGCCAGAUGGGCACCACCACCGACUCGCUAUCCCAGCAGCAGCAACAGCAGGCCGCCGCCAUGCGCUACCCGCUUUCCUUCCAGAAUCCCCUCUUUCAUCUGGCGACUGCUGAUGGGCCUCAACAGCAACAGCUCCAUCACCAGCACAGCCGGGCUCAACCCCCCGCACCCCUUCUCCUGGCCCCAGAGCCUGAACCCUCUCACCAGUCCUACAUCCCACAGUUCGCCCAUGGAGGGUUCUCUCGCAGCGAGGAUCUGUCCACCCUCAGGACCAGGGACAGUCACCUGGGACAACCCAGCAUCAUCCACUCACAUAGCUACAGUGACGACUACAGCAGGGCUGACUAUGGACGCAGGCAGAUGUCCAUGCAUAUGCAGGAUAAUCUCCAACAGCAACAAAUGAUGGGCAUGGCCUCCCAGACGGGAACCUCCCACUCUUCCCUGGCCACCACACCUCCCUCCACAGUUCAACCUAUGCGCCAGAGCUCUGUUGCUCCACCUCCCACCCAGCGGGUCAAGUCCCAGACCUCCCAUCAGCUGUCCGUCAGUCCGGCCGCUGCACCCUCCGCUCCUGCAAAAACAAGGCCACAAAGCGGAAACCUCCUCCAGUCGCCGGAAUCCGGCUACGGCAGGCAGCACGGGCCUCGGCAGCUCUCCGUCAAAGACAACACUGCCCCGGGCCUGCCCCACCAGCAGAGCUCUGUCAGGGAAAGCCAGAGUCCGCAGGGAACCACCAGUCAGAGCACUCAGCAGUCACCACAGCAGCAGCCUCAGCAACAGCAGCACCUGCUCAAACCCACCAUGAGCAAACAGGGCUCCCAGACUCCAUCCACCCUCAAUCCCCCAACCCCAGCCAACGAGCGGACAGUGGCCUGGGUCUCCAACAUGCCUCACCUGUCGGCUGACAUUGAGAGUUCGCGGAUUGACCGCGAGGAAUUCAAACUUAAGGAGUACUCAAAGAGCAUGGAUGAGUCACGCAUGGACAGGGUACGGGAGUACGAGGAGGAGAUCAACUCCCUGAAGGAGCGCCUGAUGAUGUCCCACAAAAAGCUGGAGGAGUAUGAACGGAGGCUCCUCACGCAGGAGCAGCAGACCAAUAAGAUCCUCCUACAGUACCAGAAUCGUCUCGAGGACAGUGAGAGGAGGCUACGGCAACAGCAAGUGGAGAAAGACUCCCAAAUUAAAGGAAUAAUUAGCAGGAAAGAAGACUUGGAAUGAAGACAGAGAGUCCUGCUCGUCUUUUAUGGGAAAACGUCUUAAAAGGCCUAACCUUGUAAAUAACCACCAUUAAAACAUCAUCAGCUGUCUUUAUGAACAAAGGUCUGGAUUUUGGGGAUCAUGCAGGAUGAUUCCAAUUAGCAAUAAUUUUCAUUUGACUCUCUCCGUGAGAUUACACUGUAAAAGCACAAAGGAUGGGAAGUUUUAAAAACUCCAGAAACAUGUCUGCACUUUUUAAAGCGACUCAAAGAAUUGUUUUGGACCUUCAGGCACAGGACUCUGGAAGACCGUCAUUAAUAUUAGCUCUUCCAUUUAAAAUCAAGGUGACCGUGUUCACUGAAGGACUGCCGCUGUUUUUUUUUUUCUUUUCACUUCUGUAGAGUGAACACGGGACUAUUACCUCUCUUUUUUUAACAACACAUGACGCUCUGAUGUGAUAUGAAGGAGGGAAGAAGACCACAGACCAACCUGAAUCAGUCAGUGUGAAGAUUCAGGCAUAAGUGAGUUAUGCCCUGUAGUACAGAAACUUUGUCAGAGCACUUAAAGCAAAACCCUUGAUUGCUGCUCCCCUGGAGUUAAAGCUUAAGGAGACUAUAAGGAAAGUGCUACAUGCAUAAAGCACAAUGUGCAGUUAUUAGCUGGUAUUUUCAAGGCUUAUACUUGUGGAACUUGUGGGACCUU